AUGACGCGCUGCAACCGUGUUCUACCCGAUAAGCAGGAACAUGAGGGCGUCGGAGAGACGAUGUUCGCCUGGUGGACAAAUCAGAGUGCCGGUUGGUGUCAUUUGUAUCUCGUCAUAAACCCAUGGCGAGGCUUCGAUGGUCGCUUUGACGUUGGCUUCCUCAUGGCCAACGACAAUGAAAAGAGCGAAAUUGAGGAUGAAACGUGA